AUGGCAUCGAGAGGAGUAGGGUUAGAGAUGGAGAAGAUGAGCGUGGAACAGCUUAGAGCCCUAAAGGAGCAAGCCGAUCUAGAAUUCAAUCUCUUUCAAGACAGCCUCAACAACAUUCGUACCGCCACCGCCCGCCUCGAAAUCGCCUCCACCGCCCUCUACGACCUCUCACUCCGUCCCCAAGGGAAGAAAAUGCUGGUACCUUUGACGGCGUCGCUUUAUGUUCCUGGAACGCUGGAUGAUUCAGAAAAGGUGCUGGUGGAUGUAGGCACUGGUUACUUUAUUGAGGUUAGUCCUAAAUUGCUAUAUAGUGCUUGGAAAAUUUGAGAAUCUGUUCGCUGU